AUGGCUUCCAGCUUUAGGAAGGCAAACGCAUCCUCUACUAGCCAGAAAAAAAAGCUGAAUCCUAAGCCUGAACUCACUGAAGAUCAAAAACAAGAAGUCCGAGAAGCAUUUGACCUCUUCGAUGCUGAUGGGAGUGGGACCAUUGAUGUGAAGGAGUUGAGGGUGGCCAUGAGAGCACUAGGCUUUGAACCCAAGAAGGAAGAGAUAAAGAAGAUAAUCUCUGAAGUGGAUAAAGAAGGCAAAGGGAAAGUCAACUUUAAUGAUUUCUUGGCUGUGAUGACUCAGAAAAUGGCCGAGAAAGACACCAAACAAGAAAUCCUGAAGGCUUUCAGGCUCUUCGAUGAUGAUGAAACCGGGAAGAUCUCUUUCAGAAACCUAAAACGGGUGGCCAGUGAGUUGGGGGAACACCUCACGGAUGAGGAGCUGCAGGAAAUGAUCGACGAAGCUGAUAGGGAUGGAGAUGGCGAAGUGAACGAAGAAGAGUUUCUUCUUAUCAUGCAAAAGACGAACCUGUGUUAA